CGCAACCCGUCAUUUCAAAAAAUCAAAAAUCUCUUGCUAGUGGUCAAACCAUCACUGCCCCACCUGUGCGUCGUAUCGAAUCCUUUCAAUCCAACACACAUGCCAUGUCCAGAUCAAGUCAAGAUCAUUCGUCGCAACCCUCUGUCAAACGACAUCAUCCCAAACCAGAUCCUCACAAAAAAGACAGUCUGUCAUACGAUAGACCUACCAAGCAACAACGACACUCUUCACCCCCUCACAAAAAGCCUUCCUCGUCGGCUCCUAACCAUUAUAAUCUAGACGAAGCCAUCCUUGAUUCUGAGUUUGUUGCAAAAAAUACUUCGUCGAUUAUCCAGCAAAUGUUUCGUCGUGGUGGAAGCAAUGCUACUGGAUCAUCACGUCAAUACGGUUUAGAUUCUGAUUCAGGAUCAGAUAUGGAAGUCGGCUUUUCCACUUUGGAUCGCGAGGAAAAACAAAGUGCGCGUAUUGCCAAACGGGAAGAUGCAGAAGAAGAACGAUUGCAACAAGAAACCGAACGUCGGUUAUCAAUAAAACGAAGGCGAUAAUCUGAGGAUUAUAAUCAACACGACACAUUGAAACUGUACUGUGGAUGUGUACAGUCAUCUUGACAUAAAAUCAAGCACUUUUGUAUUGAUCUUGGAAUAAACAUGGUUAAACAAUGUUGCU